AUGUCGAAAGCACGCGCCGCCACAGAUGUGAUAGUAAAGCUCAUGGUAGGAGCUGGACAGGCCAGUCCGAGUCCUCCAGUUGGUCCUGCGCUGGGAAGUAAAGGUGUAAAGUCGAUGGAUUUCUGCAAGGAAUUUAAUGCAAGAACAUCCCAUAUGAUAGCAGGAACUCCAACUCCGGCGAGAGUUACAGUGCGACCAGAUCGAUCAUUCCAUUUCGAAAUACGAACACCAACGACAUCAUGGCUACUUCUCAGUGCGGCGGGUGUCGAAGCGAAGAAGGGAAAGCUGAAGGGGGCACCAGACGCGUUAACGACUGUGGGUACUGUUAGUCUGAAGCACAUUUACGAGAUCGCCUUAAUAAAACAAUCGGAAUUGCGACUAUCAGGUUUAUCUUUGGAAGGGCUUUGCAAAUCAGUAAUUGCGUCGGCGAGAACUAUUGGAGUCAGAGUUGUCGCAUAA